CAACGCAAGGAAAUAGAAGACGACCAUCACAGAAAGUACCCAGAUAUCGCCGAACGCGAGAGUGCCCGGAAAAGGCGUGAAAAAGAAUGGGAAUCGGAGACUCCAGGUCGAAGCAGUCGUGGCUACCGAGGUGACAGUCGUACUGAUCGCGAUCGCAGCUCCUCUUCAUCCGCCAGGACCACGACCUCCGCAUCCUUUCGCGGCACUCGAACGCCUUCGAAUGCCACUGAACAAACACCGUUUAAUGAGAUUGAUAAAACUGAGCUGGAUGCAGAGGUUGAACGCCUCGACCGAAAUUGGUACCAAAUGGACGAUGGUUAUGAUGAAGCGAACAACCCAUUCGUAGUACAAAUUCAGAAGGACAACCAGGCCUGGGAGCACAAUCGUAUGCUUCGAUCGGGCGUUGUGGAGCGAAUUGAUUUUGACCCAAAUGAUGACUUUGACGAGGAAGGGGAACAACGCAUACACCUGCUCGUUCGUAACAUGAUGCCGCCAUUCUUGGAUGGCAGAAUAAUAUUCACAAAACACCCGGAGCCCGUUUUGCCUGUCAAGGACCCCGACGGUGUGAUGACCAAGGUGGCUGGCAAAGGCAGUGCAAUAGUACGCUAUUUCCGUGAACAAAAGGAACGGAAGCGUGCUCAAAAGAAGGAAUGGGAAUUGGCUGGCACUCGAAUAGGUGAAAUUAUGGGUGUAAAGAAAACGGAUGACACAGAAAAGUGGCACGAAGCUUCUUAUCGUGAGUCACAGACUUUUGCGGAUAAGAUGGGUGAUCAGAAAGCGGAGGCUGUGAGUGACUUCGCCAAACAAAAAAGCAUUAGGGAGCAGCGGCAGUAUCUGCCUAUUUUCGGUGUUCGAUCGGCCCUGCUGCGUCUAGUUAAGGAACACCAGAUUGUGGUGAUUGUCGGUGAGACGGGAAGUGGAAAGACGACACAGCUGACCCAGUAUCUCCACGAGGACGGCUAUACCACUUACGGCAUGGUGGGUUGCACCCAACCGCGACGUGUAGCAGCCAUGUCAGUUGCCCGACGUGUUGCCGAUGAGAUGGGCGUGCCUCUGGGCGACGAAGUGGGCUACGCCAUUCGUUUUGAGGACUGCACGAAUUCCAAGACACUGAUCAAGUAUAUGACUGAUGGUAUACUCCUGCGUGAGUCGCUACGUGAGAGCGACCUUGACCCCUACUCGGCGAUCAUCAUGGAUGAGGCGCACGAACGCUCACUGAACACCGAUGUUCUGUUUGGCCUUCUUCGAGAGGUCUGCAUUUUCACCCUUUGA